AUGUUCAAAUCCAAUAAUUCUAUCUCAGCUAAAAACAAAAAGUACACUCAACAGAUAGAAAAAGUUUUAACAACAUUUGAAGCAUUGGAAGAAUGGGCAGACUAUAUUGCAUUUUUAUCACGACUACAGAAAGUGUUACAAGCGUAUACUGACUUAGAAUCGUUUUUCGUUCCAGAAGCCCAACAAGUUUCUUAUAGAUUGUCAUUAUGUUUAUCCUCAACCUUGCCGAAUGGUGUUCAUCAAAAAGCUUUGAGUAUUUACGAAUUAAUCUUUGAUAAUUUGUCAACUGAUCAAACUAACCUUGAAAUAAACAUUUGGCUACCAGGAUUGUUACCACUUUUUUCUUAUUCAUCAAUUCAAUUGAAGCCACAACAAACAAAGUUAUUGCUGUCACUUAUAAUCAACAAAUUGGGAAGUAAAACUUUAUCAAGACUUGCAAAACCGAUAAUACUAAGUCUUUUACCUGGGUUAGAGGAUGAAAAUUUAGAGAUUUUCAACGAUGUAUUCAAUUUACUCAACGCUUUCAAGAUCAAGUUAAAUAAUGAUUCGAAAUUUUGGCAAUGCUUGUUUCUUUGUGUGAUAAGUAAUCCUGAAAGAAGAAACGGAGCAUUACAUUGGUUGGAUAGGAAUUUACCUCAAUUUACUAAUACCAAAGAAGAUUGGUUGUCACAAGAAGCUCAAGCUUGUUUGAAACCAGAGGCGGGAUUAUUAAUACGAAUGUUUGCUACAGCAAUUAGUUAUUCAGAGACAUUGACGACAAGAGGAUUUUUGGACCUACUUUUAAGUCGACUUCCCUUGGAUAGUAGAAUUUUUGAGACUACAAUAUCGCCCAAAGAUAAGCAAUUGUUAAUAAUGUCAUGUUGCGCUGUUUUGGGUAAAGAUAUGAGUUUGAAUAGAAGAAUUUGGAAUUAUUUUUUGGGCCCAGAAACAGAAAAUAUACGUAAGGAUUAUUUCAAACUUAAUGCUUUAAAACCUUUGAGUACGGGAUUGAUAGAAAUGAUAUCAUCGCAGUCAUUGGAAGACAAAUUACGAGCAUUAGACAUCUCAUAUUAUUUGAUCAUGGAUAGAUGGGAAAUUAAUCAAGAGUUGACAUCGAGGUUAUUUCUACCUUUUCUUAACAUAUGUUACCAAGAAAAUCAUUUGAAUAAAAAUUCAUCAAAAUUUUUUGAAGAAGUUGAAACAACAUAUGUUUGGAGUGAGAUCAUAAAUGUUAUAUUAAAAGAGAAUAUUCAAAUGUUGGAUUUUAUAUUCAAGACUUUCAAUUUAGUUGAAGAUGAAAAAUCCGAUUUCUAUAUUUUGAUGGCCAUAUCCUGUUUAUUGAGUCAAAAUCUAGAUAAUAAAAAGUUCGAAAUUAUUGAGUCAUUACUUAACAUGUUACCCAAAAAGGCUUCAAACUUAACUUUUGAACAAGUUCCGACUAAGGAUGAUGUUGUCAAAUCUUGGAAAGAAUCGAAGUUUUUGUCUGAAAAUCAAUUGAUUUCAUAUAUCUUUGAUGCAUUGAUACUGCUUUAUUCCAUUCAUUCUGACAACAUCGAUUAUGGCUCUAAAAUUGGAACUUUACUCACCAAAAUAUUUGAUGAUAUCGAGUCUAGUCAAACUCGAUCCAACUUCACCAGCAUUCUUCUACAAAAUUGGGCUAAUAAUGCAACCAUAUCUAUCCCGAUCUCACUCUUGAGGUUGAAAUUAUUCAAUCAUGUUUCAAAGUAUGUUAAUGAAGAGGAUAAGGAAAAAUUUUUUAAAUCAUCGCUUAAUAACUUGUGGACGUCAAUAAUUACACCAAACUCAACUAACUAUCAGCCGGAAGUUGUAAGAAGUAUAUUAGAUCUUAGAUUCACUUUUGCAAAUGAAAAAUUAAACGGAGCAUUAUUAGAAUUAUUUGUUGCGUCAUCUGUAAAUCAACAAAUCAUAGCGUUCGAAACAAUUUGGGACCACUCACAUAAAAUCGAAGAGGCAAAUCAACUUUUGGAACGACAGUUCCAACUAUUAAUGGAUAAUGUUGGUGAUGGACUAAACGAUGAUAGUUUGAUUAUUAAUUCGGUAUCAGACCUAAUAAUUAGAUUAAUUAAUGAUGACUUUUCGAGGCUUAUCAACUUAAUUUUGAAUCCAAUGGCCGCUAAUGGAUUUGAUGCUACUCAUUCUUUGCAAAAUAUUUCUGACUUGAGUCUUCAUAAUUACUAUUUAGAUAUCCUAGUGAAGAUGGUGGAUAUGGGUCUGAAAUCAAUAAAGCACAAUUUGAACAAUGUGCAAUAUGCCCAACAAGAAAAUAUUUCAUACAAAACCUACUUGCUAACUGGAUUAAAACAGAAUUUAAGGGUAGCUGGAGAUGGAGAAUUGUUCAAUCGUAGUGUCUAUUUAUCAUUGAAACUUUAUACAAAAGUAACUACUGGUUAUGAAAAGAACUUUUCACGAUUGUUCAACGACUUACUUGAAAAUUACAUUAAUUAUAUUAAUUCACAGAUCAACAUUUCAAAAGCUGAGUGCACUAUUGCCGAAUAUUUGCAGAGUGUUUUACAAUUUUUGGAGUUUGGAUCAAAAUCACAUUUAUUACAUGUUAAAGAGCAAGAGAAAGAGCCAGAUAUAAUAAGAUUAAUUCAUCUAAGUAUUGAGAAAUGUGAUUCUCCUUUACUUCUUGGAAAAUGUAUGGCAUUGAUGAAGAAAGCGAUUCAUGUGUUUGGAGAGUCAGUGUUCAGCAUUAUACUUGCAUUAAAUGAUUCAAUAAUUAUAAAAAUUGAUUACUUAUUUAACAAAGUUUUAGAAUCAAAUAAUACCGAAAAUAUUGAAUUGUCAUUGUUUGUUUUAUUGGAUGGUCUUGAAAACCUUUUAACUAUUACCCAUGGGUACUUAACACGUCCUCAUUUGAAUGAUAAAAUUGACAAAUCUGUGUCGGAUCAAGGAUUCCUCAACAAUGUAAUGCAAGGCGUUUUUCAAAUAGAAUCACCAUCAGCUAGAACUAAUGAGCAAGAUAAACUAUAUUCAACUCUUAUAGCGUUUCAUGAUGCAACCAAAAUUAAUUUUAAGAUAUGGAACUGGGCAGAUUCAACUGCAACAACUGAAAAAUCUUUGCAAUAUGUUUCUUCCAAUUUGAAAUUAAAAUCUAAGAAAUUGCUACAAACUUUGUUUGAUUUGGAAAGACAAGAAGUAGUUAAUUCAAUAAUAACUUCAGACUUAACAAGUGCCUUGAAGUUGUUAAAUAUACUAGACAGUGGAAGAUCUCAACUUACAUUACCUUGUUUAUUUAACUACAUCAAAUUUAAAUGCAACCCAGGGGCAAAUGAUACAUAUAGAUCGUACAUUGAAUCUGAUGUUGAGGUUAAAAAAUUGUCAGCUUUCCUAUUGGCAUUUUAUGAAUUCAUGGAUUUAGAUACAAUAUUGGAUGUUUGGUCACAAACUACCGAUUUUUUAGAAACCGUUUAUAGUGGUUCUCAAUUUCAACCUAUUUUGCCGGAUGUAUUGAAACUUUGCAAUGUGAUAGCAAUCAAAACAAAUAGAAUUAAAAAUUUUAAAAAUAAAGCAGUGUUGGCAGAAUCUUUCACGAAAUUGUUUUCACAAUACUUAGAUGGGUAUCUGAAUGCAAACGAAAAAGAGGUGGUUGACCUGAUAAGAGAUUUUAUUCCUGUAUUAGGUGAAAUUUAUUCUGAUUCUGAUAAAAUAUCAGCAUUUAACAAUCUUGUCAUUUCGUUUAUCAAAAAAAAUAACUUACAAACUGCUUCUUUAUCAGACCUUUUGUUAAUCAUCGGCGAAAAUCAUAUAACGAAAAGUUGGAAUUCUACUAUCAAUGAUUAUUUUAACGAUCCUAAUUUCUUCAACAAAUACGAUAACAAGUCUUGGAGAAGAAUCAUCAGUUUGUGGAUAGCUAAUGAUAGGUCAAGGUUUGAUGAUAGAAUAUCAAAGGUAUUACCAACGUCAGGAACAUCUCCUGGUGGUUUAUUCAGUUGGAAUGAAAGUUCGGAGGUUGAAAAUAAAGUAAAUCAUUUAAAGAGAAUAUCAUAUAUGUUAUUAGUACAACCUAAGGAUUACUUUGUAAAUAAUUUGAAAGAGAUUUUUGAAAAAUUAAAUGGAUUAUUGGAUUCCAAAAAUUGUCCCAUUGCGAUAAGAGUUGAGAUCACUACUUUAUUUAGGGCGAUUGCUUUAAAAGUCAGUGACAUACAUCUAUUAGCUCAAUGGCCAGUAAUCAUCCAUGAUUUGUUGUCAAUCUUUGAAAACAUUUUCAACUAUAAGGGUUCAAAAGAAUUACAGAGUAUACCGCAGGAUCAAUUAAAAUUAAUAUUAUACGGGUCUAAACUAUUGGACGAGUUACUAUUGAUUGGACCAGACGAAUUUAAUUUGAGUAGUUGGUUAUUUGUUAAUUCUGAUAAUUUUGAAAAUAAACAAGAGAAUUUACUGAUUAUAGAUAGAAUUUCCUUAAGUUAUGAUUUCACAUUUUUGAAAAAUGAAGCAUUCAAAUUGAAUAAUGGUGGUGAUGGAUUAUCAAAUAAUGACGAGUCAAAAGCUCCAUUGUUAAAAGGAGUAAAAGACAUUAGUCUGGUAACUCAAUUGCGAUUAUUUUUUGAUUCAUUAAGUAUGAUACAUUACGAAAGAACUUAUAAUUUGUUACCACUAAAUUACGAGGCAUGUCUAUGGGAUAUAUUUCACGAUCUUCAGUAG